AUAAAUAGUAAUAAAUAGUACAAGAUAUAUUUAUAAAAACUUAUCAAUUAAAUAUUCUUAACUUGAUAACAAUCUCUCAGAUAAACUUUUCGUAAUUUCUUGACCAAUUUUAUUACCAAUAUUAUGCAAGCGUUAAAUCUGUUUACGACUUGAAAUAUUAGAUUUUUAAAUAAGACAUUUUUAACUUUGAUUAGGUAAGCAUAACACAUGUGAAUUAUGUUUCCAUUAUUCCCAUUAAUCACAUAUGAACUAGCAAAUUUGGUACCAACGUGUACCAGACAAUUAUUAGUACCGGGAGCCAUUCAUACUUCCGAAGUAACCCGCUCCUGUGCCAACCGGUUGCCAUGGAAACCAAUAAUAAACACUGCUAGAUUAUGUUACUAACAGAAGUUCGUUCCGAUGAUUUUCCAAUGUAUGACGAGACUGUAGAAGUGGAUGCCAACGAAAUUGAUAGCCCUUCUGAAGACGAGAUGUCCAAGUUCAACCCACCAGUACGGCGAGACAUAACUUUGAUUCUGAUUCCGCCAGUGAAGACACGCCACAGAAGUUUGACUUCUCAAAGGACGAUCAGGUAUGUGGUGUAUUUUGGCAAAGUUUUCUUUAUUGCUAUAAUCUUGCAUUACUCUGUUCAAUGGACUUUGUAAGAAAGGAUGUCAUAUUUUCAACUUUCAAGCUACAUAUAUUAUGCUUAAGUAACAUAUAUUAUUCAGACUAAGUUUCAUUAACGGAUCUCAAGGCAAAAUAUAAAAUACCAUCCGUAUCACCUCCAAGUCCGUCGUUCCACAACUGACCGUUUUCUAAUGCAGUUUUUGCCGCGCACCACCUUUAUGUGGAACCAGCUGCGCACUGAAGUAUUUCCGAACCAAUUCGACUUAGAGGAAGGAGAAGGAUAACAGUAGUCAGGCCAACAAGUGUUCAAUAUUACUUUUUGUGUAAUUCCAAUGAACCAUAUUCACUAUGAGCAAGAAUCUCAUAAUUAACUCUGUAUUACAAUGUCUUCAUUAUUUAAGAUUAUUUUGAUACAGAGUUCGCUAGUUUCGACUUGAAUUUUAUUCUAAACGUGUUUCAAAUCGUUCCAAAACAAGUGAUCCUGUUUAUUUUAAGAUCAAUGAUAAUGUUUCAGUCGCCGGAUCGAAGUUGAAGCAUUCGGAUAAGGAUAACAAUACAAAAGCUAAAAAUAACGACCUCUCCCGGCAGUCCAGUCGUCCAGCACGAUUCUUUUAAUUCCGCAUCGAUACCGGAGGUAGACGAUCAAUUCACAUUAGCCGAAGCGAGGUGCGAUGAUUUAAAAGAAAAAAUUGAUACCGUCAAAGGUCUUAAAAGAAGGCGAAAACUUAAAAAACGGAGCAUGACACGCGUUAGCGACCAGACAGUCGCCGGCGAACAUAUUCCCUUUAUAAGUGUUCGGACUCAGCCAAAAAAAAUUUUGAUGGUUACAGAGGUGUCCCCGCAGGCUGCUAGGUUGAGAAGACUGGAAUUGCCGGCUAAUCCUACCCGUGGCUAUUUAGAUCCAGCUAUGGUCGAACAGCACGAAAUGGUUGGACAGGUGCGGGGUUACAACCAGAUGUUUCGUCAACCACAGCGACCUCAAGUAAGUUCAGCGGGAAAAUCUCCGAAAUCAAGACCGAUGUCCCGAGGUCAUCCUGAAGGAGAUGCUAUGUAUGAGAUUGAUUCAUCAACCGGCAAAUGUGAGGCUCAAGAGGUGGCCUGCGGUGAUGAUGAAGUGAUCCAAGAUAACUCUGACCAUAAUGACAGUCAGCACUACUACGAUCAUUUUCCCGGGAACAUAACGGUCAAGAAGAAAAAAGGCGAAACAAAAAAGGUGUAUGGUGCUCGUCGACGUACUAAAGAACCCGUUAAAGAUAUUAAUCAAAAUCAGUGGGCAUACGGUCCGGACGCCACAGUAUCAGCGCGAAAUCGCCGACAAGUGCCAAUUCAGCAAAGCACAGGGGUGAGUCAAGAAGAGGAGAGACCUGUUGUGGAACUCUUUAACAAGAGCCGUGGAAGCACCUCGCCGGAGUCGUGGCAACGACAUCCGUUUCAAAAGACUGUUGUACCUGACUAUGAGAAAAAGAGAGCUCGUGGAGACGGUAAUGAUGAAGUUGGGAGUAAAUCUCCAGACCGACGAAAUCUGCCCGAGCAGCAAUCUGAAGAUAACAGAACUGAAGAUGGGAAAACUGAAAAUAUUCCAAAAAAGAAAAAGCCUGUCCAUCGCCGUGUUAAUUACCGCGGUCACCACUAUGAGAUGCCGACGGUUGCAUCUCAGAUGAAGCAAGCUGGUAUGCGGUGCUACUAUGAGCAGCGUUGUACCUCGAAUAUACCGUUUGUUGUCAGCAAGAGCACGGCGCCCUCACAUAACAUUGGUGUUAACAUUCAGCAGGUCCUGAAUGGUAUGAAAAUUCAACAGCCGGUCUCAGGAAUUCCUUUUACUAUGGCUCAUCAUAUGGGGUUGGGCUACAUAUCAUCAACUGCACCGAGAAGCACAGUUCUAUCAUUGGAUCAUCAAGAGAUGAAUGCUCUUCGAGUUGGGAGGCGUUUGGUCCGGCUACCUUCAUAUAAAAGGAUGGUAAUGCCCUACAACCGUCUUCUGCACAUGUACAGUGAAGGGGAUGGUAUGGUGCCACGUUUUCUGCGUGCAAUGAGUCGACCCAACUACAUUUAUACUUCAAUGUAUAACAGUCUAUCGAGGAACAGAGAUGACGCAACAUCCAAGGGCCAUAGUGAGAGUCACGAGGCAAAGCAAAGUUUGGCAAUAUACGCGAAAUUAUACAGAGAGUAUGAAAGAAUAUGCAAAAGUCUCGAAGACAGGAAUGAUCCGGACCUAGACAGCCGUAAGCAACAGCUGAUGAGGGAACUAACUGCGCGCGCGGAUCAGAUUGGGAAGGUCGUGGACGAGCAGGAGAAACUAAUCGAUCCACUUCUGAAAGCAUCUGCAUCAAACGAAGAUGGGCGUUAGUGCAUAUUGUUGUUAUUUUUCUAAAUUAAAAGUAGUAUUGUCAACCCUAUGACAGAUUUUAAUUCUGCGCUUAUAAUGCAAGCUUAAAUUGUACCUAUGGCUGCUAUGAGAAAAAACAUACAUAAGGAGUCUUAAGUAAUGGGUUGAUUGAUCGGAACACCCUACGUUCAUAGCGGCCAUUCAAAUUGACAUAUAUUAUUGAAUUAAUAGGUGUAGCUAAGAAAAUAGCGGAAAGGGUUAUUUUUGAUUUGGUAUUUUUUUGUUGGUUUCAAGCUGUGUUGAAACAUGACUAAGGAAAAAUUAUUGAAAUUACAUGACAGAUGUUGUAUAAAAUAGAUACUAAAGAAUUUUAGAAAUCCACAUUUUAUAAAUUAAAAAUCACACAUAAGCCAUCUGCAAGAGCCCUUCUUGAUAUUUUUAUUGUUUUUAAUGAAAACUGUGCAAGCUUUGUAUAAGUUGUAAAAUUUUAAUCUAAAUAAAGUACUUGUGUAAUUUU